AGAACCCUUACUUGUAUCGCAACCACCAAAGAAAGCGAAUACGACGUCUCUCGAGUUCUCCAAGCCGACUCUAUCAAUGGCCUGGUACAUGCGCAAACACACUCGUUACGAAUACUUCCAGAUCCCACGCCCAUUCACGAACGACCAGAAGUCCUAGGCAGUGGUUGUGGCUGGUGGAUCGUCUCGUAUACGCAGCGCAGCGUCUGGGUAAUACGUACGCUUCCUUUCACGGCCGGGCUGUGCUCUGCUCUAAAGGAGGGUAGGCUUACGGAUACCUUCGAACCUCAAUACCCAGUAUCACGACGAGACGAUUGGUUCUCUUGCUGAGUUUGCGGUGGGCAACGUCUGUUCACAACCAAAGAAAGCUAUUCAGGGGUCAAUGACCACGGUUGCGCGGCUAUAGCGACACUUGAGUAUGGCAGGGCAGCCAACUGGCAGCAAUAGGGAUGAUCUCCUCCUCGACUUGGACGACGAGCGACCGGUAUACAAUAAUGGGCAACGGGCUCCCAUAAACGACGACGAUCUUUUGCGCGCCUACAAUGCCGACCACGAUGAGGCAAAUCCUCGUCCGUCGGUAUCUUACGAUGACUUUGUAGGAGGAGGGGGAGGAUCAGGACGACCUUUACCAGGUGGACCAGGAACAGUAUCAAGUCCCGGAGGGCCAUAUGCAGCUGGUCAGUCAACGAGGACGUACAGCCAAACAUCAGGACUGGGCAAUUACCAAAGAUACGCGGACGAUGUGGACGAUUUUCCGGAUGAUCAACAUGACGGCAAUGACAUGUACUACCAGCCUGGCGGCGCAAUACCUGGUGAUGGAUCGGGGAUGCCAAUGAGACAACGGGGUAAGAAGGGUAGCCGGAAUAGCGUCUUGAGUAUGGGAGGUGGAUUGGUGGGAAGGGCGAAGUCCAUGAUGGGGAUGGGGCCAGAGUACUCAGAGAUGGAUCUGCCUUUAACAGAGGCAGGUGCACGAGGAAGUGGUAUGCCAAACACGCCCACGACCCCAAAAGCUCCCGCAGCAAAGAAGUUCGACAUUGAGAAUUUCAAGUUUGGAUUUGGUAGAGGUAAACCGGAUCCUUCAACCCUUGGGCCGAGAAUUAUACACCUUAACAACCCCCCCGCGAACUCUGCGAACAAAUAUGUCGACAACCAUAUUUCGACAGCAAAAUACAACGUUGCAACCUUUUUACCAAAGUUUCUCUUCGAGCAAUUCUCAAAAUUUGCAAAUCUUUUCUUCUUAUUUACAGCUGGUUUGCAACAGAUACCUAAUAUCUCGCCAACAAACAAAUACACAACCAUUGGCCCUUUAAUUCUGGUUUUGGCGGUUUCGGCAGGAAAAGAAUUGGUGGAAGAUUAUAGGAGAAAGACAUCCGACAAAUCUCUCAACAACUCGAAGGCUCGAGUGCUUAAAGGUUCGCAGUUUGUUGAUCAAAAAUGGGUCAAUGUUGCUGUUGGGGAUAUUGUUCGAGUGGAAUCGGAAGAACCAUUUCCAGCAGAUAUUGUGCUUCUUGCAAGUUCGGAACCCGAAGGACUUUGCUACAUUGAAACCGCAAACCUUGAUGGAGAGACGAAUCUUAAAAUCAAACAAGCAAUCCCGGAAACCUGUAACAUAAUCGAAUCAAGCGAGAUGAGCAGACUUGGAGGAAAACUUCGUUCCGAGCAGCCAAACAGCAGUCUGUACACCUACGAAGCUACCCUGACUCUAUCAGCCGGCGGGGGGGAAAAAGAGCUCCCGUUACAGCCAGACCAACUUCUUCUCAGAGGUGCUACUUUGCGAAACACUCCAUGGAUUCACGGUAUUGUAGUCUUUACCGGACAUGAAACUAAACUGAUGCGAAAUGCCACCGCUACCCCCAUUAAGCGAACUGCUGUCGAGCGACAACUCAACAUGCUUGUUCUGUUGCUCAUUGGAAUUCUCAUCUGUCUCAGUGUUAUAAGUUCUAUCGGAGAUCUGCUUAUUAGAAUUUUCCGAGGAAGAGAGUUGGCUUAUUUGGAUUAUGCGGCAACAACAGAUGCCAUUACAAAGCUCAAACAAUUCGGUUCUGAUAUUUUUACAUACUGGGUUCUCUAUUCUGCACUGGUUCCAAUUUCUCUCUUCGUGACGAUUGAGCUUGUCAAAUAUUGGCAUGCCAUUCUCAUCAACGACGAUUUAGAUAUGUAUUACGAACCUACCGAUACUCCAGCAGUUUGCCGAACCUCGAGUUUGGUCGAGGAGCUGGGUAUGGUUGAAUACAUCUUUUCCGACAAGACAGGUACUUUGACUUGCAACCAGAUGGAAUUCAAGCAAUGCUCCAUCGCUGGUAUCCAAUACUCUGAAGAAGUUCCAGAGGAUAGGAGAGCGGUUAUGCAAGAUGGUGUUGAGGUUGGGGUUCAUGACUUCAAACGUCUCAAAGAGAAUCUCAAGACGCACGAAUCUAGUCAAGUCAUAGAUCACUUCUUAACGUUAUUAGCAACUUGCCAUACUGUCAUUCCAGAAAGACAGGAGGAAAAGGGCGGAGCAAUCAAAUACCAAGCGGCCUCGCCCGAUGAGGGAGCCUUGGUCGAGGGGGCAGUCAUGAUGGGCUAUCAAUUCACUGCUCGAAAGCCGAGGUCGGUUCAAAUCAUGGUUGCUGGACGAGAGUAUGAGUACGAGCUACUCGCUGUUUGUGAAUUCAACUCUACCCGAAAGCGAAUGUCAGCAAUCUUCAGAUGUCCAGAUGGAAAAGUCAGAUGCUACACCAAAGGUGCCGAUACAGUUAUUCUCGAACGGUUGAGCUCUGACAAUCCCCAUGUUGAACUCACCCUCCAACAUCUCGAAGAAUACGCUUCGGAGGGUCUGAGAACCUUGUGUUUGGCGAUGCGAGAGAUCCCAGAGGCCGAAUUUCAGCAAUGGUGGCAAAUAUUUGAGAAAGCCCAAACUACAGUUAGCGGAAAUCGUGCUGAUGAGCUUGACAAGGCGGCUGAGAUUUUGGAGAAGGAACUCUACCUUCUCGGUGCGACAGCUAUCGAGGAUCGAUUGCAAGAUGGUGUUCCAGAGACUAUUCAUACAUUACAGGAAGCUGGUAUUAAGGUCUGGGUUCUCACUGGCGAUCGACAAGAAACUGCUAUCAAUAUCGGCAUGAGUUGCAAGUUGGUGAGCGAAGACAUGACGCUUUUGAUCGUCAACGAAGAAACGGCAGUAGAGACAAGAAACAAUAUCCAGAAAAAGCUUGAUGCUAUUCGUACGCAAGGAGACGGCACUAUCGCAAUGGACACCUUAGCACUUGUCAUCGAUGGAAAGUCUUUGACAUAUGCUCUGGAGAAAGAUCUCGAGAAGAACUUCUUGGAUCUUGCUGUCAUGUGUAAGGCUGUUAUCUGUUGUCGUGUUUCGCCUCUUCAGAAGGCGUUGGUAGUCAAGCUUGUGAAACGUCAUCUGAAAUCUAUCUUGCUGGCAAUUGGUGAUGGUGCCAAUGAUGUCUCCAUGAUCCAAGCUGCCCAUAUCGGAGUGGGUAUCAGUGGUAUGGAAGGUCUCCAGGCGGCUCGUAGUGCUGAUGUCGCUAUUGGCCAGUUCAGAUAUCUUCGGAAGUUGCUCCUCGUUCACGGGGCUUGGAGUUACCAAAGAAUCAGUAAAGUCAUUCUUUAUUCAUUCUACAAGAACAUUACACUGUACAUGACACAAUUUUGGGUAAGUAAAGCCCCUUGUUCUAUGAAUAUCUACUAAUAUUCAGCUAGUAUUCAUUCCAAAAUGCAUUUUCCGGAGAGGUCAUUUACGAAUCAUGGACACUAUCAUUCUACAACGUGUUUUUCACAUUCUUUCCGCCUCUGGCAAUGGGAAUUUUCGAUCAAUUCAUCUCUGCUCGAUUACUGGACAGGUACCCACAGCUUUAUCAAAUCGGUCAGAAGAACACAUUCUUCAAGAUGCAUUCUUUCUUCUCCUGGGUCGGUAACGGGUUCUACCAUUCCCUGAUUUUGUAUAUUGCUAGUCAAUUUAUCUGGCUUUAUGAUCUUCCUCAAGGCGACGGUAAAACGGCAGGUCAUUGGGUCUGGGGCUCUGGGCUUUACACUGCUGUUCUCGCUACCGUUCUUGGAAAAGCUGCUCUAGUAACGAAUAUUUGGACAAAAUACCACUUCAUUGCGAUACCUGGGAGUAUGUUCAUCUGGAUGGUCUUCCUUUCGGUAUACGCCACCGUUGCACCGAAACUGAAUUUCUCCACGGAGUACGAAGGUGUUAUACCACGUUUGUUCCCAAGUCCAAUAUUUUGGUUACAAGGACUUGCCUUGCCAAUCAUCUGUCUUUCACGAGACUUUGCAUGGAAAUAGUAAGUAUUUCUGGUACGAUCUUGUUGUCUCACACUAAUCGCUUGGACAGCGCAAAACGCAUGUACUAUCCACAAACCUACCAUCACAUUCAAGAAAUUCAGAAGUACAACAUUCAAGAUUACAGACCACGGUAUGUGCUUUCCAAUUGUUCUUACUUAUCGAGUAUCGCCGAGCCUAUCACUAACGUAUUUUCAGAAUGGAACAAUUCCAAAAAGCCAUUCGCAAGGUCCGACAAGUCCAACGGAUGCGCAAACAGCGCGGAUACGCCUUCUCACAGGCAGACGAAUCUCAAACGAGAAUAUUGCAAGCAUACGAUACCACGAGAGAACGUGGAAGGUACGGAGAGAUGGCAAGUUCGAGGCCGAGUGGGCGAUGAGAGAAGAGGUAAAAACAAGGUUUCAUUUUCGGUGGACUUUUUUUCUUUGGGCUGUAUUAUGAAAACUGGAUGGGGCGAUUUUUUUUAGGAAAGGGUUUAUUCGUGAGAGAACACCGCUUUACCGUGUAUUGAGGAUUGUGUUUUUUUAGCUGGGCGACAUUUGCUCGUUUUCUUCUUCCAAGGCCUGUGGAUUGAGAUAAGCAUUAGGAGGAAUAGGAUUUUGUCUUUGAUGA